AAAGCAAGAAUCGGGCUGAUGAUGACCAAGUAAAAAAUCCAGAACAUCAAACUAUUUCCAAAACUGUUAUUUCUGAACAAUUAGUUGUUGAGAAGAAUGACAGAAAAAUUGGUAAUAUAUAUAAAAGAGAUCCAUUAAAAAUUUUGCCAACUCAAACUGAGAAUCAUAUAUUUUUGCGAGAUGAUAGCCCUUUAUCGGCUUUAGAAAUUAUAGAACUGGCCAAAAAGCAAGUACAAAAUCUAGAACAUCGACGUUUUUCUAAACAAUCA